AUGCACCGCUCGGGCACGUUCCCCGUCGCCACGCUCGACGGCGACGGCGACGUGAGCCCCUCCCGCGACUUUCCGCGCAACUUCCCCCGCAGCCACAGCAGCGCCGUCCCCGCCGCCCUCCGCGCGGCGUACGACUCGCUCGACUCCGACGACCCAUUCCGCCACGCCGCCACCCCGCCCGCGUCGCUGCCGCGCCACCGCCACCACUCCCCGCGCCACGCGCAUCCCCAUCAGCAGCAGCAGCACGGCGCGAGCGCCCCCCGCCACGUGUCGUACCAGGCGGGGCCCACCUCGUCGCUCCGCCCGCACAGCCACGGCCUGCGCGACGACGGGGGAGGGGGAGCGGCGCGCUUCGCGCAGGACGCGCAGCACCAGCGCGCCGUCGCCGCGGGGCUGAGCCUUUCGCCGCACAGCCUCUCCCCGCACGGCCUCUCGCCGCACGACAGCGGGCUUGGCGGAGGGCCGCUGGAGGACUUUUUCGACGAGGGCGCGGAGGACGCGCGGGGCAGCUUACGGGGGCACGCGCAGCUGGCGGGGCGCGAUGUGGGGCAUCUGCACGCGCUGGACGCGGAGAGGGGGGGAUUUGGGGCGCUGGGGGAAGGCGGAAGGCGACAUGAGGGCAGGGGCAGGUUGGGGGGAGGCUUGGCCAUGGGGGGCUCGUUCGAGGGGGGGGCGCGCGGGGUGCAGGGGAGCGUGAGCGGAGGGGUGGGAGGGCACGGCGGCAUGGGCGUGGGCGCGAGCAGGAGUGGCGUUGGGGGCGGCGGUAGGGUGUGGGCGCGCACGCUGAGCCACCAGGCGGCGGACCUGAGCAGCAGCAGCAGCAGCAGCGCGGCGGGCGGCGGGCGGCACCUGCUGGGCGCGCAAUGGCUCGGCCUGGACCGCACUGUGGGUGGCUGUGACAUGAUUGUAGCGAAGCGAGGGGUCUGUGAGUGUGGCGAGAGGAUAGGGUUUGAUGAUGCCGAUAUGCUCGCCACCAAUGCCGUGCUGCCACGUGUGAACAGCUUGGCAGUGAACGGCAGUGGCCUGUUUGACUCGGACGACCUGUUGGACCUGCGCCACGCUGCCACGGGGCUGGGGGGGGGGGCCAUGGGGUUGGGACGGGAUGGCACAGGGCUGGCGGGGGCGCGGGAGAAUGGGGGCGGGGGCGGGGGGGUUGGCGAGGGCAUCAAUCUGAAGCGCGUGUUGCGGCUGGGGGAGGCGGCGCGCAGCAACGAUGCGGACCUCGUGCACGCCAUCCUGCAGGACGCCCCCUCGCGCACCCCCCUGCUCUCCGCACUGCACCCCGCGACGGGGCGCACGGUGCUGCACGAGGCGGUGGUGGCGGGCAGUGUGGACGCCGCUGCAGUGCUGCUCGAGUGGGGGGCCGACCCCGAUGGGGGCACCGCCGCUCAGCAGGAGGGCUUCUCGCCGCCGCUGCUGUGGGCGGUGCAGGCGGGCAGUGAGGAGUUGGUGCGGCUGCUGCUCACCAACGGGGCGGACAUCAACGCCACCGACGCCCACCGCUGCUCCGCACUGCACUACGCCUGCAGCACCGCCCACAGGGGGAUAAUAAAGCUGCUGCUGGUGGCGGGCGCCAACAUGUAUGCGCGCAACAGCGAUGGGCUCAUUGCGCAGCAGCUGACGGCGUCGGAGCGCAUCCGGGCGCUCUUCCGCAAGCUGCAUGAGUACCACCUGCGCUCCACUGCCACUGGGGGGGGCGCUGACACCGACCACACGGCCAGCACCAGCGGCGGCAGUGGCAGUGGCGGGGUGGGGGAGGGGGGCGGGCAGCACUGGGAGGGCGGGCUGGACGACACCGCCGCCUCUGCCCAUGCCCACCUGCCGGGGGCGGGACUUGGCCACGGGGAGGGCGGGCGGGCGAGGCGGGAGGGGCAGGGAGGUGCAUCGGGUGCGCGCGGGGCGGACGCCUUUCCGCUCUCUGCGUCGGUGGCAGCGCCGCCAUCGCGGGCGGACUGGCUGCUGGCCAAGAAUCGCACCAUGAGCUUCCAGAGCCCCUCCCGCGACCCACGCCCCGCGCACCCCCCCCCCUCCGCGUCCAUCUCGCCCCUCGCCGCGCACCCCACCUCCCUGCCCGCCCGCUCCAUGUCCUUCCGCAGCCCCUCGCGCGACCGCCUGCGCCCCGCCGGCGUCGCCCACCACCAUGCCGCACCGCCUUCCGCCUUCUCGUCCGCUGCCGCCGAGCCCACGGGGCUGCCCGCGCGCACCAUGAGCUUCUGCAGCCCCACUCGCAGCCACGGCCUGCCCGGGCAGCGUGCGCGCAGCCCCACCCCCGCGGAGGGCCACGAGCAGCUGUUCAUGGCAGCGUGGGAGGGCGCCCGCCGCGUGGGCGGCAGUGACAGCCCCGCCGCGUCCCCCGCCCUCUCGCCCUCGCCGCUGCCCUCCUCGCGCUCCGCUGCCUCCCCCACCCGCCACGCUGCAGAGGCGGACGGCGCCGCCAGCAGGGUGGUGAGUGCAGGCGGCGUUGGGGGGGGGGGAGGGCUCAGAGGCGCGGGUGGAGGGGGAGGGAUGGGCGCAGCAGGGAGGAGGGUUGGGGGCAGCCUGGCGGGGCGUGCACUGGAUGGCGCUGCUGACAGGGCCGUGGCCGCAGGGGGAGCAGCGGGCAGGCGCCAUGGGGGCAGUGGCGAGGGGGGCGAGGGCGGGGGGAGAGGGGGGGGAGGGAGGGCAGCGGGGAGAGGAGUAGGGGGAGUGGGAGGGGGGAUGGUGUCGGGGCAUGGGGAGGUGAUGUCAGAUGUGGAGGGCGGUGCAGUGCGGUUGCGGCGGGCGAGAGUACCGGGGAGCAGCAGUGUGGGUGGCAUGGUGAGCGACGGCGGCGGUGCGGGCGAGUCACGGCUGGGGCGGGCCGCUGGCAGGGGCGCUGGUGGGACGGCCAGGGGGGGUGGCGGGGGGAGGGGUGGGGGGGAGGGGCGAGGGAGAGGGGUGGAGGGUGGGGGGCGGCGGGGAGGGAUGGUGCGCACACAGUCUCUGAGUGCCCAGGCUAUGAGUGCAGGCGAUGCGGUGGAGCGCGGUGGCAUGGGUGGCGAGGGAGCUGUGCGCGGUGACAGUGGCAUGAAAAGCCCCUCUGGGAACAGCAGACAGGGCGUGCAGCAGCAGCAGAGAGGGGUGGUGAGUGGGGGAGAUGAGGAGAGGGGUGAGAAGUGUGGGAGUGAUGGCGGAGGAGACAGGUGCAGCGAGGGAGGAGCACGCGCAGCAGAGCCUGGGGGGCUGGAAAAGAACAGAGGGAGGGAGAGAGAAGGCAGUGGGAAGGAGAGAGAGGGAAGUGGGCAGGAAAGAUUGGGAAGUGGGAAAGAGAGAGGGGGAAGUGGGAAGGAAAGAUUGGGAAGUGGGAAGGAGAGAGGGGGAAGUGGGAAGGAAAGAUUGGGAAGUGGGAAGGAGAGAGGGGGCAGCAGCGGGGAUAUGGUGAGUGGGGAGGGUGCAGAGGGGUGGAUGGCGGAGUCGUCUCAGUCGGAGAGUGACCGCGGUGACCAUGGGGGCGACCAUGGGGGCGACCAUGGGGGCGACCAUGGGGGCGAACAUGGGGGCGCGGGGCGCAGGGACGCAGCGAGGGGGGCGGGCAGGCGGGUGGUGGGGAGGGGCACAUCGCAGGAGGAGAGGGCGGGGGGGAAACCAGCUCCUCCACCCACACGCCUGCCGGCCGCUGACCCACCGCCUGCUGCUGCUGCUAGUGCUGCCGGUGCUGCCGGUGGUGCUGCUGCUGGGGCUGGGACGGGUGGGAGGGGAGGGCAGGGGUCAGGGGGAGUGAGGCGGGUGGGCAGCAGUGACGCAGUGGGGGAGGCGGCUGUGUCGCCCGGCCCGCGCUCCCCCCUGGCGGCAGGCUCCUCGCCGCUGACGUCCCCCUCGGCCACCUCGCCGCCCUCCUCCCUCCCCCACGUGCGCCGCCAGGCUCUGGAAGGCCGCAGCAGGCCGGGCAGUGGCGGUGGCAGCGGGGGGGAGGGCGGGCAGCAGCAGCACGGCAAGGCGGGGCAGGGCGAAGGGCGGCGACGGCAGCAGCAGGGGGGGGAGGGGGGCGACUGGCCGUGCAGCGACACGGAGGUGUCUCUGCGCGCUCGCCAGCAGCGCCGCCCGGGCCUGCGCCCCUCCGCCCCCGGCGCCGCUGCACCGUCCGCGUCCCCUCCGCCUGACAGCAUUGCAUCGCGCGGCAGCAGGGGAGGGGCGGGCGCAGCAGCGGCAGAGGAGGGUGCGGCAGGAGCGGCGGGGGGAGGGGGUGGGCAGCGCAGCGGUGGCGGCAGGGAGGUGGUGACGGACGACGAGAGCAUGCACGCCGCCAGGGGCCCUCGCCCCACCCCCUCCUCCCUGCGCCGCCUCGCCUCCGCUGUGCCGGGUGGCUCCGGUGUGGCGGGUGGUGGUGGCGAGGAGGCGUCAGGGCGGGCAGAGGGUGCGUCGGCAGCAGCAGCUGCGGUGGGAGCAGCGGCAGGGGCAGCUGGGAGGGGCAAAGGGGAGAGGCCUGGCAGCGCAGGGGGGAGGGCGGAGAGGCCUGGCAGUGCGGGAGGCAAGGGAGAGAGGGCUGGCAGCACACGUGGCGCUGCUGCUCGCACUGCUGCUCCCACUGCUGCUGGGGGCACUGGUGCUGGCAGUAGUAGUGGUGGCGGUGGUGCUUCUGCUGCUGCUGCCUCGAGUGCAGGCGUUGAGGGCAGCGAGGGCAGCGGCACAGCUGCUGCUGCUGCUGCUGCUGCUGCUGCUGCUGCUGUGGCAGGCGCGUCUCCAUCUCCCUCCAAGGCUGCUCACCCCGCCUCCGCCGCUCAACCCACGCGGGCACGCAAGUCGGUGAAGUUCUCGCUGCCCGCUCAUGGCAGCACCCCGCCCAGCCACACUGCAGACGGGGAGAGUCCGGGUGGAGGGACUGGGGUGGAGAGGAGUGGCAGUGGGGAGGAGGCAAGUGGGGGAGAGCAGGGAGGGAGGGAAGCAUCAGCGGAGGGGAAGGCGGGGAGGGGCGGCGACGGGGAGAAGAAGGGUGGUGUGCGGCCGCCCCUGUCUCCCAAACCCGUGGAGGCACGCGAGGGCGCCGUGGAGGCACGCGAGGGCGCGGAUGCCAAGGCAGGGCGUGUGGACGCCAGUGGAGCCGAAGCAUCAAGUGCGGGCAAAAGGGAAGGAGCUGCUGCAUCGCCUGCUCCGGCCUCCCCUGCCCUUGAACCCAAAACCACAGACCCCGCUGUUUCUCCCAAGGCCGCUGCUCCCACCUCCCCUCUCACCCCUCCCUCCUCCACCCCAUCCCCCUCCACCCCCACCGCUGCCUCUGCUCCGGAUGGUGGGGAGGCGGCAUGUGGAGCAGCGUCGUUCAAGUGGAAGAAGGGCGAGAUGCUGGGCGAAGGGGCAUAUGGCAAGGUGAGUGCAACGCAGCUGCCUGCAUGGCAAGGCGGGGAAGAGUGUGCGCAUCCCGUUGCCCAUGUGCGCACCCCGUUGCCCAUGUGCGCAUCCCGUUGCCCAUGUGCGCAUCCUGUUGCCCAUGUGCGCAUCCCGUUGCCCAUGUGCGCAUCCCGUUGCCCAUGUGCGCAUCCCGUUGCCCAUGUGGGCAUCCCGUUGCCCAUGUGCGCAUCCCGUUGCCCAUGUGCGCAUCCCGUUGCCCAUGUGCGCAUCCCGUUGCCCAUGUGCGCAUCCCGUUGCCCAUGUGCGCAUCCCGUUGCCCAUGUGUGCAUCCCGUUGCCCAUGUGUGCAUCCCGUUGCCCAUGUGCCGAGGUGUUUCUGGGGCUGAACGAGAUGACGGGCGAGCUGAUGGCGGUGAAGGAGAUUAAGAUGACGAGCCAGGGCGACGAGAAGGCCAUGCUGAUCGCAGCGCUGGAGCGCGAGAUAGUGCUGUACAAGAAGAUGCGGCACCGCCACAUCGUGGGGUACAUCGACAUGGAGAAGCACGAGGCCGAUGGCUCCAUCUACAUCUUCCUUGAAUUCGUGUCGGGCGGCUCCAUCCACAGCAUGCUGGAGAAGUUUGGGGCGUUCAGCGAGUCGCUGGUGCGGGUGUACACGCGGCAGCUGCUGCUGGGGCUGGAGUACCUGCAUGCGUGCCGCAUCGUGCACCGCGACAUCAAGGGCGGCAACGUCCUCGUCGACCGCGACGGCGUCAUCAAGCUCGCCGACUUCGGCGCCUCCAAGAGUUUCCACGAGGGCACAGUGGGCGAGGGGUGCAAGAGCAUCCGCGGGUCGGUGUUCUGGAUGGCGCCCGAGGUCAUCAAGGGGGAGGGGUACGGCCGCCGCGCUGACAUCUGGAGCGUUGGCUGCACUGUCAUCGAGAUGCUGACGGGGCGGCACCCAUGGCCGGGGAUGGACAACACGUGGUCGGCCAUAUUCCACAUCGCCAAGACCACCACGGGCCCGCCCAUCCCCGACGGCGUGUCCGCCGAGGCCUCCGACUUCCUCACCGCCUGCUUCCAGCUCGACCCCAACCAGCGCCCCUCCGCCUCCGAUCUGCUCACGCUACCAUUCGUGCAGGUGCCCGACACGCCCAGGGAUGCCCGCUUCGCACCCUUGGUCGCCCCCUAG